UAAACCUUUUACUACGGAAAAAGCUACAGAGAGUUAGUAGAGAGAGAUAUGGGUGAUUCUGACGUCGGUGAUCGUCUUGCUCCUCCAUCUUCUUCCGACGAACUCUCCAGCUUUCUCCGGCAGAUUCUUUCCCGCACUCCGAUAACUCAACCUUCUUCUUCACCACCGGAGAGAAUUGUUUCCUCCGCUGAGACCUUCCCUUCCGUCGGUUAUGGAGUCUCUGAAACUGGCCAAGACAACUAUGCUUUCGAUAACAAGAGAAAUGGAGGUAGACAGAAAAAUUCGUUGAAGAGAAACAUUGAUGCACACUUCCACAACUUGUCUGAAAAGAGGAGGAGGAGCAAGAUCAACGAGAAAAUGAAAGCUUUGCAGAAACUCAUACCCAAUUCCAACAAGACUGACAAAGCCUCAAUGCUUGAUGAAGCUAUUGAAUAUCUGAAGCAGCUUCAACUUCAAGUGCAGACUUUAGCCGUUAUGAAUGGUUUAGGCCUAAGCCCUAUGCGGUUACCACCGGUUCUACCUCCUACACAGACAAGGAUCAAUGAGACCUUAGAGCAAGACCUGAACUUGGAGACUCUGCUUGCUGCUCCUCACUCCGUGGAACCACCUCAAGAAAUGUGCUUUUCCACAGCCACUCUGCUUUGAAGAUAACAUUCAGACAAUG